UCCCUCUCCGGAGCCAAAGUAGCUCACUGGAUGAUCCACCGCAGUGCUUGGGACAGACUGAGAGAAAGAGGGAGUGAGGAGGGAUUUGGAGGAUGGGUUGGAGGGCUUUAGGAUAAACGUGCUGCAGUGAGGAAAGGAAUAAGAAAAAAAGGAAGAACGGGAGGAAAAGAGGGGAGAGAGCCUCCUAAAUCCAGCGAGCCUCCCUGGCGCGGGCUUUCUUGGCUUCUGGAUCGUGUGUGCGCACGACUCGCGUGGCGCUAUGAGUUCGUGCAGCAGUCGCGCGCUGACCAUCCUGUCCACGGUGUUCGGGGCCUGCGGGCUGCUGCUGGUGGGGGUGGCCGUGUCCACAGACUACUGGCUCAUAAUGGUGGAGGGAAUCAUCCUGCAGCAGAACCAAAGCAUGGAGGUCAAGAUGGCGCUGCACUCAGGCCUCUGGAGAGUUUGCUUUGUGGCAGGAUCAGAGAACGGGAGGUGUGUUGCAUCAGAGUACUUCACUGAACCUGAAAUAGAGAUCACCACUGAAAACACAGCAAACAUCCUGAAGAUGGUUCGAACAGCCACGCCUUUCCCGAUGGUGUCGCUGCUCUUCGUCUUCACGGCUUUCGUCAUCAGCAACAUCGGGCACAUCCGGCCGCAGCGCACCAUACUGGCCUUUGUGUCCGGCAUCUUCUUCAUCCUCUCAGGCCUCAGUCUGGUGGUGGGUCUGGUGCUCUACAUCUCCAGCAUUAAUGACGAGGUGAUGAACCGGCCCAGAGAGCCCGAGCAGUUCUUCAAUUACCACUACGGCUGGUCCUUCGCCUUCGCUGCCUCUUCCUUCUUGCUCAAAGAGGGUGCCGGCGUGCUGUCAGUGUACCUAUUCAUGAAGCGCUACGCAGAAGAAGAGAUGUACCGCCCCCACCCUGCAAUCUACCGUCCACGCCUGUCUGAGAGUAGCGACUACAGUGGCCAGUACCUCCACCCGGAGUCGUCCUGGCCCCCACCAAAGAGAGGCCGCAGCACCUCGGAGGCCUCCAGCGACAUCUCCAUCCAGCUCAACCAAACAUUGCCAAAGCAGCCAAAAAGCGGCCUCCAGGCGGGCGGCCGGAUCAGCCCACCCUCUGCGUCUUCCUCUCCAGGGAGCUACCAGAUGCACCCGCAGUCUGCCGGCUACCCCUCCACACAAACCCUGCCCAGGUCGCUGUCCUCGCACCCCCAGGGCCAAGCUCUUCCUAUGACCAUGCCCCCAUCGCCCAUACCGCCCCCUCAUUAUCACUCGCACGUGCACAUGAGCGCCUCCCCCUGUUAAGCAGAAAAGCUUUCGAGAAAAGUGACUCUUCGUCAUCAUUUAGUUCCUCACUCAGAGUUGGAAAGUGGGGAAAGAGGGAGUCACACAUCCAAAAACGUAGCUGUGGAAUAGGAUUUAACAAGAACAAAGUGGAAGCUCGCAAACUGUGAUGGAAUUAAACCAAACGGGAGGUGUGGGAAGAAAAACUGGAAAGAAUUGUGGUUUGGAAUGGAAGUGAUUCCUAGAAAGACAUUAGAGUCUGGGAUGAGUGACAGAGGAGAAGCAGCAGCGGGAGCGAGAGGCUGCAGUAGAACACCAACAUACUGCAGUGCAGCUGCGGGGAAUUUGUAUGCACUUGUAAAUGUAUAAUGCAAAAAGGUUGAAAAUGUUAGACUGCACAUACAUUUUUUACAGACAUAAUUCAUGCUGCUACAUGGACUCUAUGUUUCUAACAAAUGUUAAAUACAACACGAUUUAUUUUCAUUUUCUCUAAAUUUAUGAUAAAUCUAGACUCCCAGCGGAAAACACCCGGUUAAAAUAAUUAUUAGUAUUAUGAAUUACCAACAGCUUCAUUAUUAAUUGACACUGUGCAGUCUAUGAAUGUUGCUCUUCUUUGAAGAAGUGAAAGGUUGUUUUAUACCUUUAAAACAACACUUUUAAACUUCUUGUACAUACCUUCACAUAAACUCUUGCAUUCACACGAAUAAAGGUGUACAUUUUGAAUGAAACUUUGGCACAAAUCAAGAAAAUAUCGGACUCAUUAAGAGUCUACAACAAGUUUGAACGUGGAACAAACACGUUAUUGCAGCGGGGAUCUGGCGCCCUCUAGUGGCCACUGUCCUGCACUGACUCUUCACCUGCUGCUGGCCUGGCUGGACCUUUAUCAAGCACGCUUCCUUCUUCUGUGACCUGCACUGUGUUCCAGACCUGUCAGAGCAGAGGAGAUUAUAAAGACUGUUCUCUAUCCAGAAUUAUAUUGAUUAAAAAAGAUAAGGAAUGUCAGACACUGUAAAAGGCAAACUUUGAAGACUGUUUCGGAAUAUUCUAAAGCAACCUCAUCCUAAAAAAUAAGGCUUAAAUAUAUUUUAUGUGCACUUUUCCCUCAGUUAUGGUCUGCAUUUUAACUUGUAUUAUUACAAUGUGAUAUACGCAGUCUGAGCAGCACAAAACAAGUUCAUAGUUCACUAAUUUAUUCUCAACAAUCAAUAUGAAAAAUUAGAAACUAAAAUACCAAACAAGGACAGUUUUUAUUUGUCAUUUUAGUAACCAAGGCUUUAUAUUUUCUGCUAUAUUGCACUUUUAAAAAAGUUUUGCAUUGUGAAUUGAAUCCACAAAUAAAAUUGCUUGAAUAUUUUGGGGGUUGUUAUAAUCUGCCUAAGUAAUUAUUCCUGAAAAUAUGUUUUGUGAUACUCUAGAAAACUUAAGUUGAUAGCUGAUGAUACCAUAUUAUCAUGAAAUACAUGCAAGACUCUGCACACCAAAAUGUUGUUUUGAAAGUGAUAGACUUAUUGUGUGUUUAACGGACAUUAUUCAGGGAAGUGUCAAUACGAGUAAUCGCUCUGAAGUGAGUUAACCUGCUGACCCUCUCCAGGGUACAGAAACACUGUGUGUGUGGGUGGAAAAUUGACUAUUUCUGCUAUAUCACUACAUUUUUGUACAUAGACAGUCUGCUCUUUCUGUUAAAUCUGAAGCCUAAUGUUUCUGCACCCUGCUGAUGACUAUGCUGUUAGUUUGGGAGUCAAGUGCCUUGCUCAUGGCCACUUUGACUACAGCUGCUGAAGAAGUUCUAAAAAGGUAGUUUAAAUAAUGCUUUGCUAACCUUUAGAUUGCUUGAAAUGUGGACGACAAAGAUGCAUCAUCUUCUCCCGGAGAAAGAUAACCUCUCUCUGUUUUUGCUUUAUGCAGUUCUUUAAAAGGGUGUGGCUGUGCUUGUUUUUGCAGAAAGCCUAGCUUUUUUUUUUUUUUUUUUUUUUUAACUAAGACUUUUUUGUUAAUCGCAAAAAAGGUCAACUAAGUGCUUUUAAAUGUUUCCGUUAGACUGCUGCUGAAGUAAUAGUUGAAGUUGUAAUGAAGUUUUAACAUCUGUAACUCACUUUAUACUAAUAAAACUUUAAAUGUGAGGA